GGAGGCUCGGGUCUGGGGAGGCAGCAGAGAGCUGGCACCAGAGGAGGCUUGUCAGGGGCAGGGAGCUGCCCCUCAAGGAAGGCUGCCCUGGGGGCAUUAGUUCCCUAGCCUGCCCGAUGCGUGAGCAGAGUGCGUGCCUGUGGUCAGAGAGAGCUCUCUGGCAAAAAGACUAGCAUUAGCGGUUGGAAAUCGAGCAGGUGGGCCCUGCAGUGGUGAGGCCCGGGGGAUGGACGGGGCACCAGUCAUCUCCAGCAUCAUACUGGGGUGUCAUUACUGUUUCUCUCCUUGGGCCUGGCAUGGGCUUGCCACAGAACACCUGCACUGUGUUGACCCUGAAUGUUUGCGGGCCAUGGUGUGCACUGGGGGCAACGGCUGUCUGUGCUUUGGUGGAGGGGAAGGGAGUUUGGCCUGGAAAGGUCAAAGGACACUGUCUUCUUCUUUCCCGUUGUGAGAAUGGAAAUGGUGCCCCCAACCCUCCAUCUCCCCUCCAUGCAAACUCUUGGCUCCCUCCAAGGUGACCUCGGCCUCCUCCCUGGCCCGAGUGUGCCAGCGUGUUCUCCCUCUUGCUCCACGGUUCCCCCUCGACCCCCUGCCAGCAGUGCCCCGCCCCCUGCCUGUGCACUCCCAGCCCUGGGUGCGUUUCGCUGCUGAGGUGCUCUGCCUGGCUGGGGUGCACCCUCCAGGCCCGGCCCUGCCUCUCACUUCCUGUGUGACUGAGCAGGGGAGCCCCUCUUGGGGCCUACAAAUGAGAGAUUGGAUUCUUCAAACCCUCUUUAUUUUUUUUUUAACAUUUAUUCAUCUUUUGAUAGAGAACGUGGGUGGAGGAGGGGCAGAGAGAGAGGGAGACACAGAAUCCGAAGCAGGGUCCAGGCUCCGAGUCGUCAGCACAGAGCCUGACAUGGGGCUCGAACUCACGAACCAUGAGAUCAUGACCUGAGCCAAAGUCGGACGCUCAACCGACUGAGCCACCCAGGCACCCCAUUCAAACCCUCUUUCUAAGCCUGAUGGAGAGUUACUAGAUUGAGAAAGAUUCUGGGGCUGUGCCAGGACACGUGAGAAAUAGUUCUCUGAUGGAUUAGUGAUGUCUGCCAUGGGUAUGGGGUAGAGGAGGGGGUGCCAGCUGCGUGUAGGCCACACACUGGCUUUCCCUGAACCAAGUGAUCUCCAAGGAUUUCUUAAUUGUAGGCUUUGGUCACGAGGUAAUGAGUGCCCCAUCCCUGGAUGGUCCAAGCAAGGGCUGAGUGGCCAUGGGUCAGGGGUGCUGGUGCGGGGCUUACCUCUGCUUUUGGUGCCGAGAUUUGGGAUUUGUAUGUCUUCUCAGCACACGGCGUGACAAAGGCCUUGAGAACUGAGACAGGAAUUCAGUGUCAUGCCUGGAGUCUGGCCUCAGGGCUUGGUAGGAUGGGGUGUUGGCUUCUCUCCUAACCCUGUAGACUGGGAACUUGCUGCUUAAAGGCGGUGUGACCCUGGGCGAGUGAUUUAGUCUUUCUGAGCUUCCGUUUCUUCAUCUGGAAAAUGGGGAUAAUAGUUGUAACGUUGUGGAGGGAUUAAGCGAGAUAAUUUGAGCUCUUAGAACCCGCCCUGGCAUGUAGUGAGUACUCAGGAUGCAUUGAUCAGUGUGCUCCCACCUCGGAAGGUGCUCUGGCCAGCUGAAAGCCCGAGAGGCAGGACCUUGAGCCCCUCCCACUCUGGGCUCCCUCCACUGGCUGUUGUAGUUAGUUAACGCUUUCUCAAUAUCUGAGAAUGUGGGCCCAGGCCUCGUCCUCUUCCCCUCCCGGAUGUCACCGAAACCUGAGGUGCCCAGAGCCUCAGGGGACUGGGCAUGGGGUGUCCUGCUGCAUCCGGAGGCACCUCCCGGUGACUUUUGGGCCCCACCUUUGGGUCAUGUGGCAGCUGCCUCUCUAAAAGCUCCCAGGCCGGGCCCUGUCGCCUUCUGAACACACUGGGGGCCAGGAGUCUUGAGUCUGCAGACGCUGUGCCCGGCGAGGAAGUGGGCUCAAGAGACAACGGGGCUGGGACAGCUUCCCCGUCUCUCAGAGGUGUCUGGGUCUGUGCUGCCCACUGCUCCUUCUCUGCCUGCUGGACUUGCCUCGCUCCCUGCCUGCGGUGUUGAAGUCACCUUGGCUCGCUCAGGAGGAAAGCCAACAGAAGAGGGGUUCCCCAGCCUGUGUGACUCACUGGGCCUCGAGCCGCUCAGAGCCCCAGUUGGAGCAGCCAUGACCCGCUGGACAUCCCUCCAGGCCUCCAGGCCACAUAAACUUGCCCCCUGCGAUCCGGUGGCCUCCCGCCGGCAUCUAAGUACCCCGAGCCUGGCCACCUCUGCCUGGAGGGUCCAGGAGCCCGGGGCUGAGCCACCUUCUCGGCGCAGUCUCCGGGGUCCCCACAAUCACCGGCUCCCUGCCUCCCGGGCUGGGCAGAAGCAGCAUCCACCAUUACAGCCUCAGGCCUCAGCUCCUCAGACCCAUGGAGACGCCCCACCCGGAGCCGGCCUGGGGGCGAGCCAGGGCCCCCCCACCCCCGGGAUGACCUCGGCCGGCAGGGCCAACCCCUACAGUAUCGUGUCGUCAGAGGAGGACGGGCUGCACCUGGUCACCAUGUCGGGCGCCAACGGCUUCGGCAACGGCAAGGUGCACACGCGGCGCAGGUGCCGAAACCGCUUCGUCAAGAAGAACGGCCAGUGCAACAUUGAGUUCGCCAACAUGGAUGAGAAGUCGCAGCGCUACCUGGCCGACAUGUUCACCACGUGCGUGGACAUCCGCUGGCGCUACAUGCUGCUCAUCUUCUCGCUGGCCUUCCUCGCCUCCUGGCUGCUGUUCGGUGUCAUCUUCUGGGUCAUCGCCGUGGCCCACGGCGACCUGGAGCCAGCAGAGGGCCGCGGCCGCACGCCCUGCGUGAUGCAGGUCCACGGCUUCAUGGCGGCCUUCCUCUUCUCCAUCGAGACGCAGACCACCAUCGGCUACGGGCUGCGCUGUGUGACGGAGGAGUGCCCCGUGGCCGUCUUCAUGGUGGUGGCGCAGUCCAUCGUGGGCUGCAUCAUCGACUCCUUCAUGAUCGGCGCCAUCAUGGCCAAGAUGGCUCGGCCCAAGAAGCGGGCACAGACGCUGCUGUUCAGUCACAACGCCGUGGUGGCCCUGCGCGACGGCAAGCUCUGCCUCAUGUGGCGCGUGGGCAACCUGCGUAAGAGCCACAUCGUGGAGGCCCACGUGCGGGCCCAGCUCAUCAAGCCGAGGGUCACCGAGGAGGGCGAGUACAUCCCGCUGGACCAGAUCGACAUUGAUGUCGGCUUUGACAAGGGCCUCGACCGCAUCUUCCUCGUGUCACCCAUCACCAUCCUGCAUGAGAUCGACGAGGCCAGCCCGCUGUUUGGCAUCAGCCGGCAGGACCUGGAGACAGAUGACUUCGAGAUCGUGGUCAUCCUGGAGGGCAUGGUGGAGGCCACGGCCAUGACCACGCAGGCCCGCAGCUCCUACCUGGCCAACGAGAUCCUGUGGGGCCACCGCUUUGAGCCUGUCCUCUUUGAGGAGAAGAACCAGUACAAGAUCGACUACUCCCACUUCCACAAGACCUACGAGGUGCCCUCCACACCCCGCUGCAGCGCCAAGGACCUGGUGGAGAACAAAUUCCUGCUUCCCAGUGCCAACUCUUUCUGUUAUGAGAACGAGCUGGCCUUUCUGAGCCGUGAUGAGGAGGACGAGGCAGAUGGAGACCAGGAUGGCCGCAGCCCCCAGGCCCGGCAUGACUUUGAUAGACCCCAGGCCGGUGGCGGCGGCGGCGGCCUCGAGCAGCGGCCCUACAGACGGGAGUCAGAGAUCUGAGCCGCCAUCGGCCAACGUGCAGCAUCCGCCCCGCCAGGGAGAGGCCCGGCGUCCCGCAAGGGCCCCGGGUUUGAGCAGAACGGGCCAGGUGCCCCGGUUGCAGACUCAGUAGCGUUUUAGAUGUUUUAUGUUUCUUCACAGUGGCCUGGCAAGGUUGGCGGGAGAGUGGGCGGCCAGUGGGCUGCCCCUGGCCUCAGGGGCCAGAGCAGGUGCAGGGACAGGGAGGUGGCCUCUCGGGGUCCAGGCCAGGAGCCGGGGGCUUCUGCCUGAGGCUAGAACUGCAGCCUGCCUGGAAACGGCUCCACAGCCACCCAGCCUCUGUGGGCGAAGGCUGGCAGGCUGCAGUGCGCCUCGCUGGUUUUUAACUUGGGGAGAAACACCAGUUUUGGCUUUCUCAACCUUAGCUUGAGUAAGACUGUUUACAAAAAAAAAAAAAAAAUAACAACACGUGAUUGAAAACAAUUUACUUUGUGGGGGUUAUAAGAAAGGACAGUUAGAAUCUCACGAUCUGCUGAGAUGGAAGCAGUCAGAUGGAGGCUCCACGAGGUUCCCUGAGGCCGAACAGGCCUCUCCUCUGCGAGGGCGGGUGUGUGCCGGGCGGCGCAUCCGCAAGGGCGCGCGCGGUGCUCACCCGUGGUUCUUCAUGCUCACGGGCGCAUUAGAUGACGUUUGCGAUAGGAAACCAAGACCAUGUGAAUGAUCGUAAUAAAAGCUUUCCGGUAGAGGUGGGGGUAGGGGCUGGGAAAAAACCAGUUUGAGCUUUUUGAGUUUGACUUUUGUACCUUAGAGGUGCGUCUCAGGGCUGGAUAUGGGAUCUGCCUGCCGUGGAGGGUCCGCUCUCCCCCCACCCGCCAGAUUUUCCUGUUUUACUUUUCUCUCCUUUUCUGCCCAGUAGCCCCCACCCCUUCCACAGUGAGGGAUACUUGGAAAACGUUGGAGGAGAUGGCCCCGUGGGAAGGGAGGCCGGGUUCCCAGACUACAAGGAAGCAGAUCAGCCCCGUUCCCACGGGACCCCAGUGAGUCGUGCCUUAGAGACCCGGGUGGGCCAGCUCCGGUUGUUUCUGUUCUUAUCGGACUCGCCCCUCCUCCCAGCCGCCCCUGACUCCACCGUGAAGUCCCCACCAGCCUGUCUGCAGAGGCUGGGCCGUCCUGGUGCUCUCUGCACACCUGGGGCAGCACGGGCUGUACUCUGCUGCUGAACGGCAGAGGAAUCAUCUUAGAAAAGGUGUGGCAUCGUCAGCAGAGAUGACUGGGGUGGCACAUGCAACCAGGCACCCUCGUCAGGAAGGGGUUUGGGGCGCUGGGCUCUGUUGGCCCAGAGCAGGCCCCUGGACCAGGAGCUGCCCAGUGUGGGCUUGCUCUUGGUGGAGGACACAGAUGGCACAAGAUGGAGCUGGGGCCCUUUCCAGGACAGCUGAGAAUGUUGUCCUCCCAAAUAACCAGGCCUGGAAGGAAGUCCUUAAUUAGAAAGCCCAUGUGUGUCUCCCCAGCCUGCCUGUCUAGGCCACUCCAAUCCGCAUCCCCCAAGACAGCCAGGCACCAAGGACUCUGGCCCAAGUGGGGAAACAGGUAGGGUGCAAGGUCACCCAGUGAGUGGGUGGGUCCUGGGAGGCAGGGAGACGCCGGGGGCCUGGGCUGGGGGCCCUUGCCUUUUCUCUCCUUCUCCAGCCCCCAGGGAAGCCGGAGACCUGGCCUGCAGUCAGAGGCCAUGGAGGGUCUGUGCACGAGCUGUCAGUUCCCACCCAUAGACACCCUGGGCCCGUGCCCUCGGGUGUGCCUGACUCCCAGCGUCCUGCCCUAGCCUCAGGCCCAACCCUCAUUUCUGGCUGGGAUGAUUCAGGCCUCGGAGGCAGCUCUUUCCUCUCAGGAUCUGCUGGAGGGACCUCAGCUCCUUCUCAGCCCAGGGCCUGGCUUCCAGAGCUGGCUUUCUCCAUUUGAGCCCUGGGGUGCGAGGGUGGAGUUGAUGUGGGAGGGCUUACCUGCCCACCCCCGCCCAGGUUGUCAGGGAGCCAGGGAGGGACGAGGUGGUCCUGGUCACUUGGGGCUGGCAUAGGAGCCUGCAUUCUGCCGUGCCCAGCAGCUGGAGAUCUUUCCCGGGCCGGGUGUGUCCGGCUUCCACUCCCACCCUCCGGAGCAGGGGCCAGGGACUCUGGGUGCCCCCAGGCCCUAGCCACCUCGGCUUGGUGCGCCUCCUCUCAGGCCUGUCCCCCUCCCGGGCCCACACCGGAUGGUUCAGCCCCAGACCCUGCGGGAGAGCAGCCCUGAUCUGCCUUUCAUCUCUUGCCAAAGGCAGAUGCUGCGUUUUCAAACUCUUCUGCCCUCUUUUUUUUCCUCCCCUGUAUUUAUUUAUUUAUUUAUUGCUUGUGCUAAAGACCAAAAUAGUCUCCCUCUUUAGUGCACUUGAAACGGGAGGGUGGAUGGGAGGAGCCGUGUGUGUGCAGAGCAAGGAUUACGUGGUCCCUGGGAGUGUGUGCUGUGUGUGUGUGUGUGUGCGUGUGCGUGUGCACCCAUGUUUGUGCACGUGUGUGUGGCGUGUGGCAAGCACGUCAGUCCUCUGAGUGUGCCACAUGCCGUGCGUGGUGUGUGUGCUGAGCACAGGUGAGUGGGGAGCGUUUGUGCCCGUGUGUGUGGUCUGUGUGCCGUGCAGGUGCGCGUACCAAUCCAGUCCCUCCCUUGCCUUCCCCGGCACUGAGAUCUCCAAGGGGUUUCUUGACAGCCUGAACUAGGAGGUGUGGGGGUUGCAGUUGGCCCAGAAUGUGGCCCCUGACGCCCUCCCGCCUGAGACACCGAGCCGCUUGUGUGGGAAAGGGGCCGUGCUGGCAGUGUGCUCAGGAGCGUGAGUGUGUGAGCCCCGAGUGGGGGAACUGACGUGGACAAUCAUCCCAUCUCAUCUCUGUUCAAGCGGAUGUGUGCAGUCAUAGCUUUGCCUGAGUGCCCGAGUGUGCGGAUUCACCCCGUCAUGGGAGCGUCGUACAGGUGUGUGCGCACGGCGAUCUCCAUAUGUGUGUGAAUCCGGGCUGAUGGUAUCCAUGCGGGAUGUGUACGCGUGUGUACGCAGAUACACGCAGAGACUCGUGUGUGCGUUUACCCGUAGGCGUGAUUGUGGGUGUGCGUUCCAUACAUGGGCAUUGGUUUAACUGUUAGCCAGGCUGGAAGGCUGGGGACGCACCGCUCAGGACGGAUGCCGGCUCCGGACGUGGGCACACAGCUGAACACAGUAGUCCUGCUGACCCCCUGCCCUGAUUGUGUCCGCAGGGGAAUGUGUGGAAUGUGCGUGCCGGAGGCUCCGAGGCAGUGUCUUCGUGUGUGCGUGAGUACAUGGCAUCCAAGGAUGGCCUAUGCGUGUGUGCAUUUGUCCCAGUGAACACGUAUGCACGUGUGGAGCAUUUGCGUGGCAGCUGGGCCAGGCUCUGUGAGCAGGGCUGGCGCCUGCCUGCUGGGGGCAGCGUGUAUGGGCACGUGUGAGCAUGUGCAGGUCCCAGGGGUGUGUGCACACGGAUGUCAGUGGAAAUGGUGUGUCUGUGCACGCUCGUGCGUGCUGCUAGGAACAUGCUGGCCGCCCCCCCGUGCCCUGCUGGUGCUGUGCCGCCCCGUCCCCGCCUGCUGAGGGUCCCGGUGGGGGCCGGGGGGGGGGGCGGGAGCAGGGGCCUGAUGGGAAGGAGGCCCCUGCACAGGGGUGUCUGCCCUGCGUGAGGUCAUAGAAUGUCAAAUCUAUUUUAAAUGGUGAAACUGGAGAAUUUUCAUGUUAUUUUCAAUACAUAGCAGUAUCUAAAGACAUAGGCCACGAGACUAGACCACAUUAAAUGCAUUUUGAUCUCUUUGA